CUAAAACAGUAAUAAAAUCACUGCUAGAAGUGUUUUAAAACACUAAUCUGCUAAAGAACUGAAAAUCUAGUAAGCAAUUAAGCAGGGGCUGGACGUGGCCCAGUAAGCAUGCAAAUGGGCCAGCAGCCAUGGCUAAAAACCAGCCUGGUCAACUGGACGGAUAAGGGAGAGAGCAACCAGGCGCAAACCCAGCCACGUCAUUCUCAAUCCCCAUCCCGUGACCGACACAGGCGGAGACGCCCACGGCCGGUCGGCCGCUUCACCGGCGGCGAGAUGAGCUCCCGCCGUGCUCGUGCUCGUCGGGAACCUCCAGAAGGAGGGUGCCGGGCGCGAUUCUGUUUGAAGCGCCGUUCGCGAGCCCGAGCGCCGCCGGACUCCAACGUGCCAGCGCGGUCGGAGGGGCUGCUCGAUGGCUGGCUCGCCAGCGGGACGCCGAGCGCCAAGAGGCGGCGGCGAACCACCGGGCGCGGAGAAGACGAGGAGUGGCAGGGGAGCCGCGGCCCGUGGAGGACGGCAUACGCGGGUAUCCCGGCGGCACGAAGGCGAGCGCGACUGGUGGCGACCUCGACGACCGCGAGGGUCGGAGAUAGCAGCGGCGCGGCCUUGUGCGCGUCGUCGUCAAGGACGACGAUGUCGUUCCCCGAAGGCGGAACUGCUUCAACAGGGGCGACCGGGUCGACACCGCUGCGUAGCCGCGUCGUGGCGCGCGCCAGCCAACGCAUCUGGGCGGCCUUUGCAGCGCUGCCCAUAGCCGCCGCAAAGGACAUGGCUGCGGGAAGUGCUGCCGCCGCUGCGAGGCGUGUCUCCGCGCGCCGGAUGCCAGAAGCCACGGGCGCGAGCGCCCCGGUCUGUGAAGAGCGGCUGUACGCCGAGCGGUGGCAGGCGUGGUCGCGUGCACCGCAUGCGUUGAAGCCGUGCAGGCAGACAUUGCUGAGAUGGACAUGGUUGCCCAGGACAGUUCCGUUGUACUAUUGCCAUAAAAAAAGGACCGAGAGACUCGCCGUUCCUGUCCCAUGAACGCCUAGGGCUGGUGCGGGAGGUUGAGGCCGCGCGACCACACGCCGGUUGGAGACCUGUGCCGCUGUGCCGGACGUGUGAAGGAUAUUUCUUGUUCCGGCGAUCGCCGGAAUUGAUCGACUCGCUCAAUGGCGAGCGUGCUGAUAAAUCAAGAGACAAACGAGAGACAGCAAAUGAACAGCAAAUGAAUCGAACAGUAUUCCUUAUUGAUGGUUCAGUUAACACAAUAUAUAGGUCCCGUAGGGACGCGAUGAUACAGAGGGACG